CCUCUCCAGCCUGCAGCCUGUCUCUCUCUCGCCCUCCGUCUCUCCCUCUCGGCCUGUCUGUCCUCCAACAUGGCCUCCUACAGCUCCUCUGGCCACACCGCCUCCUCCUACCGCCGCACCUUUGGCCAUGGCGGCUACGCCUCCCCCUCCCUCAACCGCGCUCUGUUUGGCCAGUCGGGCUCUGGCGGCGGGCGCGUCACCUCCAGGGUGUAUGAGGUGACCCGCAGCAGCUCGGCGCCCGCCUACUCCUCCUCCUCCUCCGCUUACCGGGCCUCCUCCUUCGGGAAGCCCUUCGUGGCGACCCGGGGCGCGCGCUCCUACGCCGGCAUGGGCGAGACGCUGGACUUCAGCCUGGCCGACGCCCUGAACCAGGAGUUCCUGACGACGCGCACCAACGAGAAGGCGGAGCUGCAGCACCUGAACGACCGCUUCGCCAGCUACAUCGAGAAGGUGCGCUUCCUGGAGCAGCAGAACCAGGCGCUGACCGUGGAGAUCGAGCGGCUGCGCGGCCGCGAGCCCACGCGCAUCGCCGACCUGUACGAGGAGGAGAUGAGCGAGCUGCGGCGGCAGGUGGAGAUCCUGACCAAUCAGAGGUCGCGCGUGGAGGUGGAGAGGGACAACCUGGCCGACGACGUGGACAAGCUCAAACUCAGGCUACAAGAGGAGAUUCUCCAGAAAGAGGAAGCAGAGAACAACCUGGCUGCUUUCAGAGCGGAUGUGGACGCUGCCACGCUGGCCCGUCUGGACUUGGAGAGACGCAUCGAGACCCUGCAGGAGGAGAUCGCCUUCCUCAAGAAGAUCCAUGAAGAGGAGAUCCGUGAGCUGCAGGCUCAGAUGCAGGAGACUCAGGUUCAGAUCCAGAUGGAUAUGUCCAAGCCGGACCUGACGGCGGCGCUGCGUGACAUCAGAGCUCAGUACGAGGGCAUCGCCGCCAAGAACAUCGCAGAAGCCGAGGAGUGGUACAAGUCCAAGGUGUCUGACCUGAACCAGGCGGUGAGUAAGAACAAUGAGGCUCUGAAGCAGGCCAGGCAGGAGACCAUGGAGUUCAGACACCAGAUCCAGUCCUACACCUGUGAGAUCGACUCCCUCAAAGGCACUAAUGAGUCCCUGAUGAGGCAGAUGCGGGACAUGGAGGAUCGUCAUGGACUCGAGGCUGGCAACUUCCAGGAGACCAUCUCCAGGCUGGAGGCCGAGAUCGCCAACAUGAAGGACGAGAUGGCGCGCCACCUCCGCGAGUACCAGGACCUGCUCAACGUCAAGAUGGCGCUGGAUGUGGAGAUCGCCACCUACAGGAAGCUGCUGGAAGGGGAGGAGAGCAGGAUUGCUUUGCCCAUGCAGACUUACUCCACCUUGAGCUUCCGAGAGACGAGCCCCGAGCAACAGCAGCGCUCCUCUGAGAUGCAUUCAAAGAAAACCGUCCUCAUCAAGACCAUCGAGACCCGUGAUGGAGAGGUUGUCAGCGAGUCCACACAGCACCAGCAAGACAUCAUGUAACAAUCUGCAGAGAGAGAAGAAAAACACGUCCUUCCUUCCCCAAGAAGGGCAGAGGGAGGAAAAAUGAAAUAAAGAUGCACAAAUAAACCAAAGCAAAAAAAAAAGACUUUACAAACUCACCGUUACGGCCUGUACUGUUUUUGCUGCGAGGAUGUACUCUCUUGUUUGAAACUUUUACGUUACAACACAUCAAAUGGAACCGGCUGACUUGUACGUGAAGGCGGGUGGGUGCGGGAAAAGGUGUUAAACAAGCUUGUCAGGGUUUAUUUAUCUGUGUGUUUCAGUAGAGCACAUAUAGCUAUAGGGGCUGCACGGGAAAGCGCAAAAAAAAAACAUUGAAAUCACAUUUAUUAUUGCUGCUUUCAAAUUCCAAGGGGCUGUAAUAAAGGAGAAGUGUUUCAGACAGCCUCCUAAAAUAAGAUAUUCUGGUGCUGCAUGCAAUUCCUGGGCUGCAAUUUAAGAUAAAUGUCAGGCAAAUUGUCCUAUUUCAUUUCUACUGAGCAAAUCCUCGGCAUUACCAGCUCAUUUUCUCACCAAGCUGAUAACUUUAUGACCAUUUCUUCAUUCCGCAGGAGAAAAUAGCAUCCACCGGUGCCGGAGUCCUCAUCGCAACGGCAGUAUGGACCAAAAUAAUAAUAUUACCGCUAUGGUUUUUCUUGCAGCACCAACAUAUGCAGUCGUUUUCACGCUGCUGUUCAAGGUCAGGCUUGCCGCUCUGGCCAGUCAGGAGCAAAAUGAGCACAAGGUGUGUGUGCGCUUCUCAAGCAAGGGACACGAAAGGACAGAUAAGAGGGAAAAGGAUGAUGGAGGAGGAGAUUAAAAGUGUGUGGAGAUAAAGCAAAAGAUAGGAGGCGGGAGGGGAGGGGAGGCGAGCGAGGUGCAGGACUGUGGAGGGAGAGGAAGCUGUUAUCGGGAACGGUAAUCCCUUGUGACUUUCAAAAUAAUUCACAAAAUAAAACUCCAAUGCAGUGGAUUGCACAUUAGAAUCGACUGAGUGAUCGAUUGACGUGGUGAGUGUGUGUGUGUGCAGGUCCUCGUGUUAAAAGACAACUCACACAACAUUGCGGUGUCACAUUUAUCAUAUACAGGCCCAAUAUGAACACAUGCUUUAAUAAUCAGAAUAGUAAUCAUAGUCAUAAUCCAAUAAAAAAAAAAAAAAAAAAAAAAAAAAAAGUAUGGUGUUACUGGCCUACAUUUACGAGAUUGCACUCUCCUUUACAGAAUGGCUCUAGAAAUAAAUAAGUGAAUCAGCAAAUAAAUACAUCCCACUGGAAAAAGGACACGUUUCACUUAAAUUAGAUAAAACUUGCUAAUAAAUGUAUAAGAAAACAAAUAAAAACAGUUUAAAUAAAACAGUAAAAUGGUCCCAAAAAAAAAAAACAGUCAGUAAGUGCCGUGUUUUAUGUACAAAUGGAAGGUCCACAGAAAUGCACGAAGAGGACGUUUCAUCCUUUCAUAGGAAGUGGAAACGAGUACAGAGCGGGAGGGAAGGGGGGUGAGAUCCAAAAAGUCAUGCAUUUCAGUUCCCAGCGGACAAUUACAACGCACGGCGCGUCGGUGAAACGCGUCCCCCUUCGCUUUGCAUGUCCUUCGAGGUAAAGACAAUGACCGCACGUGGUUGUAUGGUACACUUCUGACAGAAAUGUUAUGGUACCACUAAAAAAAAAAAAAAAAAACCAACAACAAAACAAAACAAAAAGAAAGAAAGAAAGAAAA